CUGGAAGAUAUUGCACGUACGCACGCAUCGAAAAAGAGCUUCCACGUUCGUUUGUGUCCUGCUGGCUGUUGUCUGAUAUACACUCCCUUUCCCAUAAACCCAACACCUAACCAAACCCAGCGCGGAUCGAUGGUCGCACGACAGGUCUAAUGAUUCCACGAUGCCUUGUUACUAUCCUCACGAUUAUCCUGGUGUGUAUAUGGUUUGUACGUUAUGUGAGAUAUACAGAGGGAGCGGAGAAACUGCCGAAACACAGCGACACCGACCCGUUAGUUGUCGGUUGCAAGGCUGCACUGGUUAAGAUUGAGUUUCUCUUGUUGCCAGUUCUUACCCAUUGGCUGCCACAGCUCUGAGCUGCGAUCGGGUAGAUGGCAACGUUCGACUCAGUUAAGCCGUAGUGGCAACCCUCGUCACAACGUCCAUGAUGUGACUGGUGCUGAGUUGGAGGACGACGGGUCUCACCCUGCUAGGGCUUAAACACAUUCCCGCUCUUCAAGAUAGGCAAAGCAUACCCAUACAGGCUGCCAGACGGUUACACACCCACAAAGGCCUACAACCGCCACCGCCAUUACCGACAGCCGAGGCUAUACAGUCAACUCGGGAGAGAACAACGGCCAGAUAGGCAGCCGAUUGUUGUGAACAAUAAACGGACCCGAGUCACCCGCCACGCCAGCUUAUGUAUCCUGAUACGAUAGAGACCACGGCUGGGAUACGCUGGCCACGUAGAACACCAACCAAAACAUAUUACUACUAGUGCUGCUUCUGCUACGGUCAACGUUAUUGCUAUAAAGCUGCCUCGGCUGGGAUGUCGACUUGUGCGUUUAGCGAAUUCGCGCCCCCUCAACGCACUCAGAGCAGACUAACACUUGCUUGAACGGUUCGCCCUGCACAGAAAGUCUUGCUACACGCUGAUUCGGCGCGCUACACCAUUCAGAACAGGAACUUCUUGUGUAGCACUAAAGUGCUUCUGUCUCUGUCCUCAGAAUGCUGUAGAAGGGCUGAUGCCAGGUAAGCGGAAACACAAGCAGGAGAAUCUGUCGACGUGCAAGUUCACAGUGGGGAGCACACCUUCGAGAGCACACAAGCUUCACAAAAAGGCGUAGAAAGAAUGUGUAAAUCGUAAAUCAACUUCAAAACUAGAAGUGGUGGUGGAGCCCUCCGAGGAACAAGAUAAAUGUUUCUGACCCCAAACUACUACAGCUGGAUGAUGGACUUGUUCUAGAUAGAAACUGCCUGUGGAUCACUAACGGUCGUGUGCUGUAGAUGCUUGGCCGACCGCCCGGUCGACAACGUGUGAUUGCGCCUCUAUGUUGGGUCUGAAGGUUAUCAGGUGAUUGGGUCUCGGCGAUUCUGCUCUAUUACAGGCUGUUUGUACCUCUCCCGCUAGGGACACGUAUCAAGAGUAAGAGUUAGCAGAACUCAGCUCUUCGCACAGGCUUGAAUAACUACUGCCAUUGCUAUCGCAAGUAGUACUGUCGAUGCCUGGUGUAUCUGCAACGUGCGUCAUUGAUAACAAUUACUUUGCUCUGUGUAGCGUACGCUGGGCGUCGUGACCAUUCUAUUAUUGUUCCGCUCUGACGAGAGAAAGAGAGUGUGACCUUACGUACUGAACGUCUACCGGUAAUGUAGCUGGUUGCUUGUGGGAAAUCGUCGACGCUUUCAUUUCAAUCGGUUUGAAAGAUUCAGGGUAGCCUCAGACCAGCAUAAGGUGUCAUUGAUUAUUGCACAUUGGCUAGAGAUUCUGCGCUGCUUUUCCGUUGUUUGUUUUUACCUUUUCGCCGCCUAUGGUCUUUUAGCGCGCUCACCAGACGUGCCAUGCAAAGUGCGACGAUCCAUGCGCUCGUGACGGAACCAUAUGAAUGCUGUUCGAUCGUGUAGUCUUUCGUGAUCUGUGCUGUAACAACAAAGCAACACAAUAACAAUACCAUCGAACGCCUCGUCUAACUGCUAUUCUAUAACCAAUCUAUUGCUACAGCCAUAUACGGUUGCGGGUGUGAUACUAGUACUACAUGUGAGGCAGAAUCCGCUAACGUACACACAGUUAUACACAUACGGAAAAUCGCACUAAGGCAGUCACCGUUGUAACUGUCCUCUACCCUGACACCAAAUCUACUCCAAAGCGAAAGCUGACGUGACGCGGGCCACGAGCGCAGAACGGGAAAAAAACGAGGAUAUACCACGAAAAUACUACGAAUUGUGUAGCCCACCGGUAUAACCAACAAAUCAAUAUUGUACCUUCCUCACAUAACAAACGAUCUCCGGUUUAUGCGUGUGUUUAUUUUCACCCCACCACCGAAUGCAUUGCCUUCUCUUAAGGAUAUAUUUUGUAUUCUGCCUAUGGUAGAAAAAGGCAAAUCAUAUGACGAAAGCGAAGCGCUGAAUGCUAACGGUAAUGUAACGAAGUUUGCGAGUUCGCGUUGUGCUGCUGAUGUUAACUGUGAUCUCAGAAUCGCAAUUUUUCGAGCGGAUUGCAUAGUCCGACCCAGCAGAAUUAAGAGUUUCGCCGAGCGCUGUUCCGCCGUCGCUGUCAAAAUAAAAGAAAAAGGAGAAAAACAUCGCUGUAUAAGCAGUCCUCUGAUAGGAUACCGCCAACCCCACAGGAAGUCCCCAGCAAGAGGUUCCAUAUCUCUUUAAAGCGUACGGUCAUCGCCAUCCAUAUCCUGAAACUCCGACAAUAAAUAACAUCGAAACGAAAGUAAAGCUGAGUUACUGCAAAUUGUCACAGAGAGAGACGGUAGGUGCGCAACCAGUAGCGUAGCUUUCCUUGCGGAGUCUACUUCGAAAGCAAUCACGUAAGUCGCUUAUACCUGCAUAAAAAAGGAAUACGUUAAUUUCCGAUACGGAGACAGCUACAUCAAUAAGGUGACUUUGGCUAGCGCUAAUCGCCAAAGUUAUAACCGGUUUUCUUGCUCCAGCCCUAUUGAAUAUCUCCGACAACAGCAUCACCAGUGACAGCAGCAAGAAUGGACCCAUCGACAGUGAGAUCAGCGCUCAGCGAGAUGGCAUAUCUGCAUGUGCCGGACAAGGAUCGCUCUAAGAGCCCCUCACCAGCCGAUUCGCUCGCAUCAUCGGCUACCGACAUCUCAACGCUUCCCAUUCACGGACGUCACGGCUCGGACGGAGAAAACGAGCCACUGACCGGCCGAAGAGUGUUUCUCGAGCCGAAAAGCAGAGAAUAUCACCAGGGCCUCACAAAAAAUCUUGCCUUUGCGAUAGGAGCUGCUGCCUUAGGCUCUGCUUUCCAGCAUGGUUAUAAUACAGGCGUGGUCAACGCACCCCAAAAGCACGUGGAGGCGUUUAUUAAUGACACCUACAAGCACAGAUUCGAGGAGUAUCCGACUGAGAGCACGAUUAAAAUGAUUUAUUCGAUAAUUGUCUCAAUCUAUUGCAUUGGCGGAAUGAUGGGUGGACUACUCACGGCCUUUGUUUCUGAGAAAUUCGGCCGGAAAGGUGGACUGCUCUUGAAUAAUAUAUUCGUCCUUAUCGCUGCCGCGCUCAUGGGCUUCUCUAAGAGGUGCCGAUCUUACGAAAUGAUUAUCAUGGGUCGUUUCUUCAUUGGAGUGAACAACGGUCUCAACGCUGGUUUAGCCCCACUAUACCUCAAUGAGAUCUCUCCGACGCAAAUGCGUGGCGCCGUGGGUACGAUAUAUCAACUCACGGUAACAAUAGCGAUCCUCGUAUCAAAUAUUCUCGGGCUUGGAAAUCUGCUUGGCACAGACGAGCUAUGGCCGGUUUUGUUUAGUUUUACGAUCGUACCAUCCAUUUUGAUGCUAUUGACUUUCCCGCUGUGUCCUGAAUCACCUAAAUACAUUCUAAUUAAUCAGGGCAAAGAUGUCGCCGCGCAACAAGCUCUAACGUGGCUUCGAGGUUCUCUCGAAGUACACGACGAAAUGGACGAGAUGCGCGUCGAAUUCGAGCAGAUCAAAAUGGUUCCCCGUGUGACACUUUACGAAAUGGUACAUAACAUCGGACUACGAACGCCGCUCAUAAUCUCAAUGAUGAUGAUGCUUAGUCAGCAACUUUCUGGAAUCAAUGCGGCGAUUUUCUUCUCAACGAACAUCUUUCUUGACGCCGGUUUGAGCAAUUCAGAGGCGACUCGAGCUACGAUCGGUGUUGGCGUCAUUAACACUCUAAUGACGCUUGUAUCACUAGUCCUCGUUGAGAGAGCAGGCCGUCGCACGCUGCAUCUGAUUGGUCUGGCAGGAAUGGCCUGUCUCACGGUCGUUCUUACGCUCUGUCUCGCCCUGAAGGAUGAAAUCAAAGAACUAUCGUACCUUAGCGUAGGAGCUGUUGUCGGCUUCGUUAUCAUGUUUGCCACGGGUCCAGGCUCGAUUCCGUGGUUCAUGGUUGGUGAGCUCUUCGGCCAGGGCGCACGACCUCUGGCCACGUCCCUUUCAGUUGCGGUCAAUUGGACAGCUAACUUUGUUGUUGGAAUGACGUUUCUUCCUCUCACAGGAAUUCUGGGUCACUAUACAUUCCUGAUCUUUACGGGUUUCUUAAUCUUCUUCUGGAUCUUCACGUAUCGACGAGUUCCCGAAACCAAGGGCAAAAGCGUUGAAGAAAUCGCCGCUAUCUUUCGCCAGCGAGCGUAUCAGUAGGCAGGAGCACUUGCUAGAUAACAACCUGUCACACUCAAUCAUCCUUAUUCGAUCUAUAUGACGUUUUCAGUUACCACUCGACUUCGGAUACUUUUCUCCUUUAAAUCUAGAGUUGUAGAAAAUAAGUUCUGUGUUACCAAACGCGUCAAUGCUCCGAAAUAUAUUGUUCCACCGACAUAAACUAAUCAGUAGGCUCAUUGCUGGUCAACGGAAACGUCCUGUGAGACUGUAUCAUCCGACGAAACCCUCUGCAGUGUCACUUAGUAGAGCCCACAAAGGCUACGACAAAAGGCUUAGUUCUCCGUGGCAGAUUCUGAGCGAAGGACUGCCAUUGACAAGACGGAUCGGUUACUAGCUGUUGUUUUUUGAUAGCCUGACUUAGAUGAGAUAGCUGAGCGUGAUAAGAGGCUUAAAGGGGCGAAACGAGACGGGUUUCGGUAGUAUAAUUGUUCCGACAAAUCAUUAUGUUUUAGAAAAAAAGUCAUAAUAACUUUAAUAGAAACUUCAUUAUAAAUUAUGAUAAACGAAUAUAUAACCGUAGCUAACUACAACGAGCUGCCUUGCGCUACGCAACGGGCUGGAAAUUUCGUCUUCUACUAGGAAGUGGUCGCGAUCGACAUGGAAACGAUCGCCUUCAAUCCAGACGCUCGCAAUAGAACAACUCACGCACUAACAAUUGAAAAUAUUCAUUAGAUAGUUAUCCGAAGAUAGAUAUGUACAUUGAUUAAGAAAGGUCUGCUGACAAAACCAGCGCUACACGACAAAAAGAGGAGGUAUAGACUAAAAUAUAGGCAAUCGUACAUACGUUUACUGAAUAUUUUACCCAGGAAGACCAAUAAUAAAAAAUAUCCAUGAUUACAUAGACAGCCCAUGAAAUCUAUACGUAUUUAGAGAUGGAUACACCUAUAUGUCGAGAAACGAUUGGGACAAGGUAUCGUUUAUUCCGUACAAUGCAUGGCCUGCUGAAUACAAUUUACUAGUGGCAAAUAGUGAAUGGAAUAGUACGAUAUAUAUACAUAAGGGACGAAAUUGAAGAGAUAUUAUUACAGAAGAUCUAAUCUAAUAACACAAAACAGUGAAGCCUAUAAACGGUCUUGGCGAGAGAACGACUUUAGGGCUUCAGUAUAUAUAGGCAAAAGAUACCGCAACGUCGUGCAGCCAAUAAAAGCAAGAUAAGGGUGCGGGAGCCGCUAAAUUUGACAGUCGCCAUUGUGGCUGUGCCAGCAGUCAUCCUUCGUUAUGAGCGUAUAGUACCAUUGAUCGUUUGCAUCCUAUGGCGCGCUAUAACGGUGUUUUUCAUACAUUGGAAACGAUUGUAGCACAUUGAUUUCGUACGAGUCUGACGGAAACACUGUAUCUGAUUUCACCGAACUCAAUAAAAGAGCUAUAGUUCCUGUAGGAGUCUAACAGUAACAAGUUGUGACCUUUCCAAUACUCUAGAUCAAUAUCGUGACAUCGUAACGAUUGGCUGGAAGUUGGACCUCUUAGCUGAUAUAACUCCAGUUUGGGAAAGCAAUUCAGAUGACACGAGCCCCAUUGAGGAAUGGGGUCGAAUUAUCUUCGAUGCGUCGCUUUCAAAUUGGUUCACCCUGCAAUGUUCAACGUAAUAUUUGUUUUCUAAGCGUUCUAAAUCAAUUGGCAUAAUAUAAAUAAGAAAAUAAAACCAAUAAAAACGCUAGUUUGGCAAGUGAUUUUGCAACGUAUUCGAAACAAGUAAGUAUCGGCUUGCACAACUUACAGCGGUUUACCUUUACGCCAAGAUUCAGGAUUCCAAGUACAUCUUGAAUGCGCUACAGAACUUUCCUAAUAUUCUAUUUGUUAUUGACCAUAUUUUUCCAUUUCAUUAAGCUUACGUAUAACUUAUUUUCUGUUGGCCCGCAGUUUUGCCGCAAUAGCACAAACGAAUAAAUGUGAUAUGUGGUAAGGCUGACCGAUGAGUGAAUUGGCCUCUUUUAAUCUUUUUCAAUGCAGCGAAUCCUCAAAGCAGCAUUUGAUGAUUACCGGACGGUUGCUGUUAUCAACUAGGCUAACUAUUUCGAUGAAGUUCCCACGCUCGGCUAAUGGAUUUCGCUAUGCCAUCAGCAGAUUUCAGAGAUAAAUCAGUAAACAGUCAGCGCUGUCCGCUAAAGAAGUAUUCAUACGCUAAGUCUCUAUCAAAAAAUAUGGAACAUGAAGUUUGCAUAUGAACGUGAAGACACGCUAGUGAGUAUUUCCAUCCAUAUCUCGAACCACAUAGCGAUACCUCGAUGCGUUUUAGAAUCUUCGUUCAGGAGAAGCGUAAAUGAAUGGCACAAGAAAGCCACCCGCCUUCACUUUGGCACACGAUCCCAGUUGAUUUGAAACCAGUUAAUGACCAUUUAUUCCCAAGCCUGUGGCUUCAUGGACCUAACGUUGAAGCAGACACACCAAUGAAUCGCUUAUCAGAGAGACACUGCUAGACUCCAGGUCCACAGUCUGACGACAAAGUUCUCUAUCGAGCCAUAUCUCACAGCGCCUUUAAGCUGCGCUGAAUACCAAUAACAUAGCAACAAUAACAACCGUGAAUAUAUG